ACCAGUCAGUUGGGAGGCCAUUGUUGUCCAGAAAACAUGAAAAAAUGCACACAGCCCAGCCAGGAGACGCCAAAUUGUCAUGGAAAUUAGCAAGGAAACACUCGCAGACCUCUGAAGUCCUCUGAAGAUUCCUACCAUUUAGUGGGGAGGCCACUGUUGUCCAGAAAACCUGAGAAGACGUACGCAGCCCAGCCAGGAGACGCCAAAUUGUCGUGGAAAUUAGCAAGGAAACACUCGCAGACCUCUGAAGUCCUCUGAAGCUGGCUACAAAUCUUUUUAGCUGGUAUGGAAAUCAAUGAAACAACUUUGGUCAGCUUGAUCAACCCCAUCUACUUCCCUGGCAAGUUGUGGCAUUUGGUGAACGAUCCUCAGAUUCACUCAAUCUGUUGGGAUGCCACUGGGGAAGGAAUACUCAUCCAUCAGCUACCCUUCGAAGCUGAAGUGCUAUUGUCCCAACCCAGACAGGUGACCGAGUAUUUCAGAACGACAGACUUCAUCAGUUUCGUUCGCCAGCUGAACCUGUACGGUUUCAGAAAAAAACGCACAGACCGUGACGUCUCAGACAAGCAUCCCAACAUCUCAUCCAUUAAGGCCCAACUGCACCACUUUUACAACCCGUACUUCAAACGGGAUAAGCCUGAGCUUCUACUCAAACUAAAGCGACUCACGCGUCUCAACAAGGCCAAGCUCGCCGGGAUAGAGGUGACCAACAGGAAGUCAAAACCUUGCCAUAAUGUGAUGCUGAAUUCGCCACAGGAAACCUCUGCCUUAAUGAAAACAGGUUCAGUCUUGCUUGGACAUCAGGGAACCCCUUACCAUCAUCCCUGUAAUGGCCCUCAGCAGGAGAAGGAGUGCGACAGAACAUCCAAUUCCUCCCAAGCAUUUGUAGUGGGCCAUGUUGAUCCUUCUCCAGUUACUUUAAACACUAACAACGCUGUGCCGGUCCCUGUGUCCCACCACUUCCCAGUGGACUCGCCGAGUGCACAUCCCUCCAGCGUCAUGCACAUGCAGCAGGGCGUCAUGCCUCAUCACUCACAGCAUGGGUUUUACACACCAGUGAAUCAGUGCCCUAGCCCAGACUUCUUGGAUUCUAAAGUGCCAAGCUUUCAACAACCAGCUGCUUCCUACUCUCCUUGUGGCUAUUACCCUGACUACUCAGUCGGAUACGCUCAUCCGAUUGAACAGGAUCCAUACUGGAAAGCAGGUGAUAUUCCAGAGUCCAGAACGAGUGACAUGAAAGAGAAAGAGGAGCUGGACGAUAAUUUAAAACUGGUGGAAGAAUUACAGGCUGAUGUUGAGUUCUGGAAGUUGCUGCAGCAAUCAAUCACCUGUUAAGACAGCUUGACUAGGGAGCACAUUUUAUUUCGAGUGUAAUGACUGGAAAUGUUGCCUUUAAUCCUUUUCCUGACAAUGAUUCACAUGACAGCAACAUGAGUUGAUUAUUAUCGCUUUCCAGGUAUAUUCCUUUGAUACGAUAUAUCAGGAAAUAGGUAAUCCUUAAUGAUCAAUAAAUUUCACAAUUAUUUCAGUAUUCUAUUGAAACAUCAUUUUUUUUUCUCAAAUAAAACAUUUUUUCUUAAACGAAGCAAAUGCAAUAAACAUUGUGUUACGGAGCGUAGACGGAGACAAGCGCAGGCAAGCGGAAAGAAGACGUGAGACUGAGCAUGAAAUGAGAAUCGAGUCGGGAUAGAGCAGGUAAGCUAGGUAUCAGGGGCGUAGGCAAAAGCGUAGUGAAAGACGAGCGUUAAGUCGAGCACCAGGGAAAACACUUCUAGGAAAGUCGGCUUGGUAAACAAACAGGGACAAGGCUGCUGAGCGGUUACUUCGCAAGCGGCUAAUGCUAGGGAGGCCGUUAUAUAACCUUAGGUGUCUGCAGGUGUUCGUAAUCAGAACUCCGGCGAUGGGCAUGGGUAUGGCUGGGAAGUGUCGUCGUCCUCCUCCGCCAAGUCCCUGGUCGGCACUACACGUUGUGAGCUGCCGCGCCGAUUUCGCCGUGUUGUAACAGACCCCCCCCCCCCCCAAAGGUCUCACUCCAGGAGCCAAAGUUCCCCGAGGCCCCCCCCCGGGCCGGUUUGUCUGGAUGAGCCGCAUGGAAGUCCUUACACAGGCUUGCGUCCAGAAUGUCUCGGGCUGGGACCUAGCACUGUUCCUCUGGUCCAUACCCCUCCCAGUCUACCAGAUACUGAAGUCCUCCCCUCCUCUGUCUGGAGUCUAGAAUGUCGCAGACGCGGUAGGCUGGGCGGCCUUCUAUCUCCAGCGGUUCCAGUGGGGAGUCCUCUGGCACCGCUGUGACCAAGGGCCCCGAGGUCACAGGUUUGAGAAGUGAGACGUGGAAAGACGGGGUGAUGCGACUGUGUCUCGGAAAGUCCAGACGAUGCAUGACCUCAUUAAUUUGCCUUAGAAUUCGGAAGGGCCCGAGAUAUUUUGGUUGAAGUUUUGUGCCCGUGAGGGGUGAUCUCAAAUCUCUUGUGGAGAGCCACACCCUGUCCCCGGGUCGAUAAUUAGGGUGAGCCCUCCGGCGCCGGUCAGCCUUUCGUUUAGCGAUGUGGGACGCCUGCACCAGCUGUUGGUGGGCACGCUCCCAGACCCGUUCACUCCGGCGGAACCACUCAUCCACUGCUGGCGAGUCCGUGUGAGACGCGUUCCUGGGGAAUAAUGGUGGCUGGUAACCCAAGACACACUGGAACAGGGUGAGCUGGGUGGCGGAAUGCCGUAGCGAGUUCUGGGUGUAUUCCGCCCAUGGUAGGUACUGGCUCCAGUCCCCUGGGUUGGUGGAGCAGUAGGUCCGAAGGAACCGUAUGACUUCUUGGUUGGCCCAUUCUGCCUGUCUAUUGGCCUGGGGGUGGUACCAGGAAGUGAGAUCAAUGGCGACCCCCAUCUUCCUCAUAAACACUGGCCCAAACACGCGAUGUGAACUGUGGCCCCUAUCAGUCACAAUCUCCUUGGGUAUGCCAAAGUAUACUCCUAUUGAAACAGGAGUUCUGCCGUGGUGAAGGCGGAUGCGGUGGCUGGUAACGGAAUUAAGCUCAGGGAUUUCGAAAACCGGUCUAUGACCACCAGUAUCUCGGAGUUCCCCGGCGACUUCGGCAAGUCGGUUAUGAAGUCAAGGGCCAGAUGGGACCACGGACGUUCAGGUAUGGGUAAGGGCACCAACUUCCCAGCCGGAAGCACACGUGGUCCCUUGGACUGGGUGCAAGAGGAACAUGAGGAUACGGUGCGCUGAACCUCUCUGGGCAUGUUGGGCCACCAGUACUUCUUGGCCAGCAGUUGGUAAGUGCGGCGGGCCCCCGGGUGGCCCGUGGCCAAAGUUGUGUGGGCCCAGGGGAUGAGUUCGAGACGGUACCGCUUCGGCACGAACUGUUUGUUGGGAGGACAGGCUGCUGGGAUUUGGGAACUGGGGAUAUGGGCUAAGUUCUGUUCUAGGGGCCACUCCAGGGUGCCCACUAUGCAGGAGGGAGGCAUAAUGUAAUUCUCUUGCUACAACGGCCGCUCUGGGGCAUAAAUGCGAGACAGGGCAUCGGCCUUUGAAUUCUUUGAGCCAGGUCAGUAAGACAGGGUGAACUGGAAGAAUAGGGACCAGCGGGCUUGGCGAGGAGUGAGACGUUUGGCGGUUCAUAGAUAUUCCAAGUUCUUAUGGUCUGUGAAGACAACAAAUGGGUGUACUGCCCCCUCUAACCAGUAUCUACACUCUUCUAGAAGUUCACGGUUCCCCACAUCAUAGUUUUGCUCUGCUGGUGACAACUUCCGGGAAAAAAAGGCCACAGGGUGUAACUUGGGUCUCUCGCCAAACCUUUGCAAUAGAAUGGCUCCCACUCCCACUUCCGACGCGUCGACCUCCACGACAAACGGUCUGGAGGGAUCCGGGUGUCUGAGGAUGGGAGCCAUGGUGAAAGCCCGCUUAAGUCUCUCCAGAGCCUCCUGAGCGACUGGGGUCCAAAGCAGUUGCCUGGGCUUACCUCUCAGGAGCGACAUCAGGGGUUGCGCUAACCUACUGAAGUCCCUAAUGAAUCUUCGGUAAAAAUUUGCGAAGCCAAGGAAACGCUGGAACUCCCUGAUGGUUCACAGAGUGGGCCACUCCACGACCGUCUGAAUCUUACGUUGGUCCAUGGCGACUCCCCUUGGGCUAAUGAUAUAUUUCCCAGGAAAGACAUUGUGUGCUGAUGGAAUUCGCACUUCUCGGCCUUUAUGUAAAGCUGGUACUGCAGGAGGCGUUGCAGUACGUGCUGGACAUGCUGGACAUGCUCUUCCAGGGAGGUCGAAUAAACCAGAAUGUCAUCGAUGUAGGCAAUAACGUACCUUCCCAGCAUGUCCCUCAGAGCGUCGUUGAUCAGGUUCUGGAACACGGAGGGGGUGUUAGCGAGCCCAUACGGCAUGACCAGGUACUCAUAGUGUCCAGAGGUGGUGCUGAAGGCCGUUUUCCACUUGUCCCCCUCCCUAAUACGAAUUAAGUUAUAAGCGCUGCGGAGGUCCAGCUUAGUGAAGAAGGUGGCGGACCAUAACUGUUCCAAGGCUGAGGGGACGAGAGGCAGUGGAUAUUGGUGCUUAACGGUCACUUGGUUGAGGGCCCAAUAAUCAAUGCAUGGUCGGAAGCCCCCUCCUUUCUUCUUCACAAAGAAGAACCCGGCAGACGCAGGGGAUGUGGACGGUCGAAUGUCCUGAGUACCUGAAGGUACUCCUCCAUGGCCUGCUGCUCCGCUUGGGAUAGCGGGUACACACAGCCCCUAGGUAGGCUGGCCCCGGGAAGGAGGUCAAUGGCACAGUCGUAGGGUCUGUGAGGCAGGAGACAACUGGCCCUCUCCUUGCUGAACACCUCAUGGAGGUCGCGGUACUCUGGGGGGAUUUUAACCGGGACAAGCGACAGGGGACUCUCCACAGUCGUGGUGGCCAAAGGGACCGCAGGGCCCCUCAAACAAUUAUGCGAGCAAUACGAGGACCAUUGGGCGAGUUGCUUGUCAGUCCAGGAGAUUUGGGGGUUGUGCUGUUCUAGCCAGGGGAGUCCGAGGAUAACGGGGUGUCUGGUGGAGACCGUGAGGUAGAGGACCAGAGUUUUGUGGUGAAGGGCGCUAACUUGAAGGCACACAGGGUGUGUGCUGUGAGAUAUUACGCCUCCCCCUAUAGGUGACCCGUCUAUGGAUUGGAGCUCACGAGGACGGAGGAGGGGAUGUAUUGGAAGGCCGAGCUCCUGCGCCGUGUUCUCAUCUCUGAAGUUCUCCGCUGCUUUGCAGUCGAUGAGUGCUGAAAGAACAAAACGGCCUGAAUGUUCUAUUACAACUGGUACAGAGAAUACGUGAGCUGUACGUGACUGUUUUGGACUCACCCGGGCAUGACAAGGUGGGUUGUCAGUGCACCUCCCAGUCCCUCGGCGCCUUCUGUGCAGGCAUUGGCGGAUGGCGUGGGUGUCCUCACCGCAGUAGAAGCACCGGGACUCAUUACGUCUUCUCUCCCUCUCCUCCUCGCGGGCCCGUGCCCUUCCGAGCUGCAUGGGUUCACUCGCUGUGCCCGGCUCAGCUGGCAGUAAACCGUGCGGUACGGGGCGGUGGGUAUGGCGCAGACGAUCCAGCCUUAUAGUCAGAGCCACGAGGUCAUCAAAAGUUAGCUGUUCACCCCGACAGGCCAACUCUUGCAGUAACUCCGGAUCGAGGCUGCGGCGAAACGCGGUCUUAGGGGCUGGUUCGUUCCAGCCGCUUCGGGCAGCGAUAGUGCGAAAAUCCAGCGCGUACUCUCUUGCGGUACGCGAGCCCUGUUUGAGUUGCAUGAGCUCAUCGCCAGUCUCCCAGCUAUCAGGAGAAUGGUGAAAGGCGCGCUGGAACUGGGCAAGGAAGUCAUCUAGCGAGGGUCUGACACCACCUCCUCGCUCCCACUCCACCGUGGCCCACGCCAGGGCUGUUCCGGAGAGAGUAGUUUCAUGAAAUGGGUCAACUUACGGACUUCAGGCAUCUCUGGGUGGCUCUCAAAGAACAGCGCACAUUGUAAUAUGAAGCCCUUGCAUCGCUCCGGCUCCCCAGCAUAUCUCUCUGGUGUGGGCAGAGGCUUGUUGUGAGCCGUCGGCGCAGGAGUGUGAACAGCCGACGCUGGAAUGUGCGCAGCUGGCGUCGGCUGAACAUGCGCUCUGGAGGUCGGCGGUGGUGACAUGAGAGCCGGGGGUGUGGUGUUGGCAGAUGCGGAAACGCUCAGUCGCGAGACUUUGGCACACAACGCGGAUAUCUCAUCCCGAUACACUGCUAGCGCGCGGUUUUGUUCCAGGAUGAUACGUUCCCAAUCCGGGGUGCCCGCUGCCUCCAUAGUACGGCAAAGUAAUCUGUUACAGAGUGUAGUCAGAGACAAGCGCAGGCUAGCGGAAAGAAGACGUGAGACUGAGCACGAAAUGAGAAUUGAGUCGGGAUAGAGCAGGUAAGCUAGGUAUCAGGGGCGUAGGCAAAAGCGUAGUGAAAGACGAGCGUUAAGUCGAGCACCAGGGAAAACACUUCUAGGAAAGUCGGCUUGGUAAACAAACAGGGACAAGGUUGCUGAGCGGUUACUUCGCAAGCGGCUAAUGCUAGGGAGGCCCUUAUAUAACCUCAGGUGUCUGCAGGUGUUCGUAAUCAGAACUCCGGCGAACUCGAGCACGGGUAUGGCUGGGAAGUGUAGUCCUCCUCCGCCAAGUCCCUGGGCGGCACUACACGUUGUGAGCUGCCUCUCCGAUUUCGCCAUGUCGUAACACAAUGUACAACUUCAAAAUUAUUAAAAUGUCUAGAAAUAGGUUUAUAAAUCUUAUUUAUUACUUACAGUACUAAAUUUUUAAAAAUGUUUUCUUUGUUCUCUUAUAAUGCACAAUAUCUUUUUACAGCUACUGUUUUCUCUGUUCUUUUAUUUGCUGAUGUGUAAAGCACUUU